AUGUUCCAAAAUCUACUUGGUCGUAAGGCAUAUGCAGCUCGGAGGUCUGGGGGUCCACAGGGGCAAUGGUCGAGGCAUCAAAUUGCGGGACUAGAAUGCCAGACCGCACAAGGGACUGCAGAAUCACCGACAUCUGACCCUGAAGCGCGGCCACCUAUGUUGUCAAAGCAGUCACCUGACUGUUUUACUGCGUUGAUGAACGGGGUCUAG